AUAGUAAUAAUUUUUUGUUUUUCAUUCCUAUUAACCUAACUAAUGAUCAUUUCAAUUUGGUUAUUUAUUUAAAUCAAAAUUAUGGAUGAUAAAAUUAUUAAAGUAUAUUGUCUUAUAAUUGGAUCCCAUUCGGUGGGCAAAACAACAUUGAUCAAUAAAUUAAAUCAAUCAUUGGCUGUUAACAACUAUGAAGAAGAAUACCGUCUAACUACACGUAUUAAUAUCAUAAGAAAAUCGUAUGGAUUACGUACAAAUGAAGCUAAUAAUAAUAGCAAAAACAAACGAAUCGAAAUUAUUUAUAUUGAAUUUCCAGGUAAACAAAUUUAUCAGAAUUUUCUUGCAGAAUUUUAUCGAAAAUCUGAAACAACAUCAGUUAAUGAUCGAAUAAUAAUUAUUGUAAUUGGUUUGUUUGAUGUAUCCAAUCGAUCAUCAUUGACUAUUCUUGAACAAUUAUUUAAUUCCGUAUCAAAUAAAAAUAAUAAUAAUCAUAAUAAUAAACAACUUGGAGUACAUCGAAUUAUGGUUGCAAAUAAAAUAGAUUUGAUCGAUAAACGAAUUAUAUCCAACAAUGAGGGUCAAUCUAAAUGUAAAAUGUUAAAAUGUCGUUAUAUUGAAUGUACUAUACGUAAUGAUACAACGAUGCAAGAAUUGGAACAAAUCAUUAUCGAUAUUGUGAAAAAUGCUUAAAAUUUAUAAUCUGUUUACAUGGAAAAAUAAAGAUAUGAUUUGGAUGA